GGCGCGGCCCUAUCGAGCCCACACGGGCCGCCGUCGCCGCCGGCCGCGCACGUCAUGCAUGCGGGGUCCUAGCACGCGCGCCCGCCUCAUGGGCACCGUGCUCAGCUUCAGCCCGCGCGAGCGGCGCCCGCCCGCCGGCGCGCCGCCGCCGGACCGCGCCGCGCUCGCCUACUCCUACGAACGACUCAACAACGCCAAAAACAGAGAGAACAGGGAGGUCCCCCGCGACGAGCGCCGCGCCACCCUCGACGACGCCGCCAAAAUCAUCUCCGAGAAAACGGCGCUCGAGAAAAACUUGAAAAAGCACUCGCUGUUCAUAAACGCCUUAUCCUGGAAGAGGUUUUCUACGGCCAAUAACAAUAAGAAAAAGUUAGAAUGCAAGACGAAGAGCGUGACGACGUUCAGAGCGCCUUUAACAGACAAUGCACCCUUGGACAGGAACAAGAAUGUGAGCGUCCAAGGGACGAUAUACGCGCGGCCCGCGCCCGUCGCGGCGCCGCUGCCGCCACCGGCCGAGGUCGCGCGGACUAACGCACUCAACAACAAUGUCUGCUACUCGGAGAAGCUGCCGACGACGGUGGUGGGGCCGGCGGUGGCCCCGCGCAAGACCGUCAUCCAGGCUUCCACCUCCGAGUUGCUCAAGUGCCUGGGGAUGUUCCUGCACACGCGCUGUCACCGGCUACGGGACUUCCAAGCAGGGGAUGCGGUGAUGUGGCUCCGGACGGUGGACAGGUCGCUGCUGUUGCAGGGAUGGCAGGACGUGGCAUUCAUCAACCCCGCCAACGUGGUGUUCGUGUACAUGCUGGUCCGCGAGCUGGUCGACGGCGACCGCAUCGGGCGCCCGCAGGAGCUGCAGGCCGUCGUGCUCACCUGCCUCUACCUCUCCUACUCCUACAUGGGCAACGAGAUCUCCUACCCGCUCAAACCUUUCCUCGUCGAGGACUCCAAGGACAAGUUCUGGGACCGCUGCCUUCUCAUCGUCGACCGGCUAUCCUUCAACAUGCUCCGCAUCAACUCCGAGCCCGGCUUCUUCACUGAAGUGUUCACCGAACUGAAGGCUUGCGGGGCCGUCGAGAGCCCGCCCCCCGCGCCCGUGCACGCGGCUCCUCCCCCGCCGCACGCCAUCUCGGCCGCCUGACACACAGAGGUCGCGGUGCUGAGGUUAGCCCUGACUGACCGCCCCAGUCGCGUUUGAUGUCGGCUCUACACGACCGCUCUUGUUCAAUCGUCUGACUCCGUACGAGCACGGACGGGCUUAGUUAAACUCUCCGGGUUUAGGAUAGCUCCACACGAGCCAAUUAAUCACUUCUAAGUGGAGUGUUCUUGUAGUAACGUCUGAACUGUUUGGAGAAUGUAGUGAAAUUGAAAGAUAUUUAUUUGUAGGUAACCGUGAAAGGAUCCUGAAAGCUUUGGUAGGAAAUACUCAUUUUUGAAUCUAAACUGAAGUAAAACGAGCCAGUUUAUGUUGUUCGAAGUGCAGCACGAUAUCGACGUUGUUAUUUGCUCAAGAAUGUAAUCCCGCCGUGACGAUUGACCAAGAAUUUAUUUGAAAUCGUAUUCAUUCCAUAAGACUGGUGAGCGCGAACGGGGGAAGAAAACGCGAGGACAUUGAUUGACCGAAAAAGUUGUAGAGCAACGAGCCGGUAAU